CACUCCGCCUGACAACCAUUCAUUGUGCGGCUGCGGCACACACGCGCGCUCUUAAGUAAGGGGUUUCUUCUUUGACUGCACCGAGCAGCCCUCCACUGGAGGGCGAGUGAAGCAAGAAGGAGAACGGGCAGCAGCUGGAGACAGAUGAUCCCGGCCCUUCCUCCUUAAGCAUCGUUCACCGCCGGAUUUACUCUGCCUAAAGCGACUGAUUCGUAAAAAGAUGCUGGUCUAACACUGACUUCAUGCAGCACUGAACAUCACCUACUGCUGUCCUCGGCCCUGGAGCUGUCCCUGACGUGAUUGCGGCAUCUGUCUGGCCUGUGAGCAGCCAUGACCAAGUUAUACGAGUUCAACUGGCAGAAGCACGUCCCCGAUUUCCUGCAGGAAGGUGCCGUGUUCGACCGAUUUGACGAGGAUCCGUUUGUCUUUGAAUCCGGCUGCCUUUUCAAAGUCGAUGAGUUUGGCUUCUUUCUCACAUGGAAAAGCGAUGGGAAGGAGGGCCAGGUUCUAGAAUGUUCCAUGAUAAACAGCGUUCGUGCUGGAACGGUGCCAAAGGACCCAAAGAUCCUGGUGUCCCUGGAGGCAGCAGGGAGGGCAGAGGGCGACCUGGAGGGCUGCAUCAUCUGCGUGUGCAGCGGUCCGGACCUGGUCAACCUCAGCUUCAUGUACAUGGUAGCUGACAGUGCUGACACCGCCAAGAGAUGGAUGGAGGGCCUGAAGGCAGUCAUCCACAACUUCAAGGCCAACAAUGUGUGUCCCACCAAUUGUCUGAAGAAGCACUGGAUGAGACUGUCCUUUCUGACCAAUGUCAAUGGCAAAAUCCCAGUUAGAGGAAUCACUAGGACGUUUGGCUCUGGCAAAACGGAGAAGGGGAUAUUCCAGGCCCUUAAAGAGCUUGGCCUUCCCAGUGGGAAGAAUGAUGAAAUUGAGCAUUCAGUUUUCACUUUUGAUGUCUUCUAUGCCCUCACUCAAAAAAUAUGCCCACGCACAGACAUCGAAGAACUCUUCAAAAAGAUCAAUGGGGACAAAACUGAUUAUUUAACUGUAGACCAGUUAGUCAGCUUUCUGAAUGAAAAUCAGAGGGAUCCUCGCCUCAACGAGAUCCUCUUUCCAUUCUACGACCCCAAACGAGUCAUGCAGAUCAUCGAGAAGUACGAGAGAGACGAGGACUUGAAGAGUAAAGGCCAUAUGUCCAGCGACGGCUUCUGCCGGUAUCUGAUGUCCGACGAGAACGCACCCAUGUUCCUAGACCGCCUGGACCUGUACCAAGAUAUGGACCAGCCGCUAGCCCACUACUUCAUCAGCUCAUCACACAACACCUACCUGACAGGCAGGCAGUUCGGGGGCAAGUCCUCUGUGGAGAUGUACCGGCAGGUCCUGCUCUCCGGGUGCAGGUGCGUGGAGCUGGACUGUUGGGAUGGUAAAGGGGAGGAUCAGGAACCCAUUAUUACCCAUGGAAAGGCCAUGUGCACGGACAUUCUCUUCAAAGAUGUAAUUCAAGCUAUUAAGGAGACCGCCUUCGUGACAUCAGAAUAUCCUGUUAUCCUGUCAUUUGAAAACCACUGCAGUAAACCUCAACAGUAUAAGAUGGCAAAGUACUGUGAGGACAUCUUUGGAGAGCUCUUACUCAAGCAGCCACUAGAGGGCUUCCCUAUUGAAGCCGGUCGUCCCCUUCCUUCUCCAAAUGAUCUCAAAAGAAAAAUCCUCAUAAAAAACAAGCGCUUAAAGCCUGAAGUUGAGCAGAAGCAACUGGAGUCGUUUAAGAGACACAUGGAGGCUGGGGAGAUGAGUGUGCAGGCAGCAGAGGAUGAGAAUGAAGAUGACCUGGAGAAUGCUGAUGGAAAAGAAGACACCAAAACCCGCAACAUCUCUGAAGAGCACGGUGAACAAGACUCGCAGGAAAUCAGCAUCUCCAGGAAGGAAAAAAUUCCUGAUGAUGAGAUCACGGAGAUCUCGGAAGCAACAGAAGCUGAUGCAACUGAUGUGUCUGAGGCUUCAGACCUCGACAACAAAAAGAAGGACAUGGUGGAGGAUGCCGACACCGAGCAACAGCUAAUCGCUUCGUAUAAGUAUGAGGGAGCCACCACCAACAUCCACCCGUACCUUUCUGCCAUGGUCAACUAUGCCCAACCCGUCAAAUUCCAGAGCUUUGAAAUCGCAGAAGAGAAAAACAUCCAUCACCACAUGUCCUCCUUCAAUGAAUCUGUAGGCUUAGGCUACCUGAAGACCAAUGCUCUUGAGUUUGUGAACUACAACAAGAGACAGAUGAGCCGCAUCUACCCGAAAGGAGGCCGCGUGGACUCCAGUAAUUAUAUGCCUCAGAUCUUCUGGAACGCCGGCUGCCAGAUGGUGUCUCUGAACUUCCAGACCCCAGACUUGGCCAUGCAGCUGAACCAGGGGAAGUUUGAGUACAACGGCGCAUGUGGGUACCUACUAAAGCCUGACUUCAUGCGGCGCUCCGACCGGAUGUUUGACCCGUUCUCUGAGACGCCCGUGGAUGGCGUCAUCGCUGCCACCUGCAGUGUUCAGGUGUUCUCAGGUCAGUUUUUAUCGGAUAAGAAGAUUGGCACUUACGUGGAGGUGGACAUGUACGGCUUGCCCACUGACACCAUCCGCAAAGAGUUCCGCACUCGCAUGGUGAUGAACAACGGCUUGAACCCAGCCUACAACGAGGAGCCCUUUGUCUUCAGAAAGGUCAUCUUGCCAGACCUGGCCGUGUUGAGGAUUGCUGUUUACGAUGACAACAAUAAGCUGAUUGGCCAGAGGAUCCUACCCCUGGAUGGCCUCCAGGCAGGCUACAGACACAUCUCUCUGAGGAAUGAGGGCAACAAACCCCUCUCUUUGCCCACGGUCUUCUGCAACAUCGUCCUCAAGACCUACGUACCUGACGGUUUUGGAGAAAUCGUGGAUGCUUUAUCUGACCCAAAGAAGUUCCUCUCCAUUGCUGAGAAGAGAGCAGACCAAAUGAGAGCUCUUGGCAUUGAAACGAGCGACAUCGCGGACGUACCAAACGAAAACUCCAAGAAUGAUAAGAAGGGCAAGAUGAAUCAGGUGAAGACUAACGUAACCCCUCAGACUAGCUCGGAGAUGGGCCAGAUCUCGACCGCCAUUCUGAACAGCAGUUGCGACUCCAAGAAAGAUUCUACGCUGGUGCACCCAGUGACUAUUGAGAACUUGAAACAGAUGAAAUCCUAUAUUAAACUGAUCAAGAAGCAACAGAAAGAACUUAAUGCAGUGAAGAAAAGACAUGCAAAGGAACACAAUGCCAUGCAGAAGUCCCAUUGUACCCAAGUGGACAAGAUGGUGGCACAGCACGAUAAAGAGAAAUUUACAUUGGAGAAGCUACUAGAGAAAGCAAUCAAGAAGAGGGGGGAAAACAACUGUUCUGACUUAAAGAAGGAGACUGCAGUAAAGGUGGAAACACUCACAUCAGACCACAAAGCAAAGGUGAAGGAUAUCGUAGCCCAGCACACAAAGGAGUGGUCUGAGAUGAUCAACUGUCACAGCACGGAGGAGCAAGAGAUGAAGGACGCCCAUGUGGCACAGCAGUGUGAACAUCUGAAGAAACUGCUGUCCAGCGUCCAGGAACAGCAGACACUACAGCUCAAACUCAUCCAUGAACGACAGAGCAAAGACAUGAAGGCUAACCAGGCAAAGACAUCUAUGGAAAACAGCAAAGCCAUCAGUCAAGACAAGAGUAUCAAAAACAAGGCCGAGAGGGAGAGGAGAGUGCGGGAGUUGAACAGCAGCAACACAAAGAAGUUCCUUGAGGAACGAAAAAGGUUGGCUAUGAAGCAGUCAAAAGAGCUGGAGCAGCUGCAGAAAUCCCAGCGUGAGCAGGUGGAAAAACUGGAGAAGUUCAACGAGCAGCUUUUGAAAUCACAUCAUGCAAACUCUCAGAGUCAAGGCCAAGGACAUGCAGCAGAUGGUGCGGCUGGAGGCGGAGAUGGACCGCAGACCAGCCACAGUGGUGUAACCACUCCAUCCGUCAACUGAGAAAUACAGAGACUCCCUCCAUUGUGCCGCCAUCCUGAGCUCCUCAUCUGGAAAUCCUAAAACCUUCUUCCUCCUCAACUGCUCUGAACCUCCUUCUCAGUCUCCAUCUAUAUCCCAGGAACUCCAUCAAGCAUGGAACCAACAGCCCCUCCACCACUCCCAUAAACCUUCCUCCACUAUUAAGUGACCCUUUCCUGUGCUGCUCAGCCACUUCCUUCUCACCCAUAUCCCAGCAGUCCUUUAACGUCACCCUCUGUCUGUAAUCAGCCUUCGCUGCAGAGAUAGAGCUCCUUCCGCUGGUGGCUGAUCCUGUGGAGAGUCCGAGCCCAUGGAGACACCGAGCCAGCCGCAGCCGCGUCCCUCGUCCCAGCGUCUGCAAGCGGACUCGCCGUGCGAGCCGUGGCCCACAUCAGCCAUAGGCUCCUCCCCUGGCCCAGACAGACAGAACUCAGUGUUCUUUGUAAACCUUUUUUAACUUCUGUCUCAGUGGUACUAGUUUAUAGUAGCAGCGUCAGACAAAAAUAGAGGUAUAAACUGAACAGAUUUUAAUUUGUUUUAUGUCAGCACAAACUUGUGAACGAUAUGUUACACAAGAGUGGAGUAAAAUAAUCCUGAGCACUUUAUAUGCGGUAGGCCGUCAAAGGUUUCUGGAGUCUGUAGCAGUGCACUUGGGUUUACCUGUAGUAAGAAUGUACAUGUCCAAACACUGUCUCAAGAAUGAAACGUUCUGGUGUGAAUAAAACCAAACAAAGCAGUUGCCAUAGUUUUUACACUGCUGUUCUUUUUCUUAAACAAAAUACGUUUAUGUUCCAUUUUGCUUAAUUUUUUAAGAGUUAGGUAAAAUAAAUAACUUUUACCCAAACUCUAUCAUUGUAAUUCAUUAUUAAAAUGGAUUAUACAGUUUUUGUUUCCAUUAACAGUCCCUUAGCAAUGUUUGCUUUGGAAAGCCACUAUGAUUUGUUCAGCGUUUGCAGACACUUAACUGGCACUGUACUGUACCUGCUGUUACACUGUAUGUGUUCACAUGUGGUGUUGACAUUCCAUAAUGGACCCAAACCAAAUGCCCUGUGUGUGCUCUGACUAGUGUGAGGUGAGCUUUACAUGCCCCUCUGAACUUUAGGACAUUUGGCAAUCACCUGUUCCCUUCUUGCACUCACUGAAAAAUGUAUUAGCAGCUGCAAAAAUGUAUUUUACCCUUUAACCCCAGAAUGUCCCAUUCAUCAGGAAACAGUUGUUAUAAUGGGCUGAGUGUAAUGGAUGUUUGGGGGUUAAAGGAAUAGGUGCUAGUUAGCAAAGUCUUACACACUUUUAGCAUUUGGGUUCAUUAUAGACCAGAGGUUUGGCCUGGAAAGAAUAAGGUAGAACUCAAGACCUGUGGCAUAAUAAGGCAGCUCCUCCUGCAAGUUUUUAAGCAGACCUCAGUCUUCAUUUACAGACACAACAUUGUUUUCAAAUGACGUACAGAGCCCAUUACACUGAAAUACCAUACCCCUUUGUUUUCCACUUGCUAAACAAUGUCUCCUGUUGAAAUCUAGUAGGUAGUAAAGAAAGAGUAUAUUGUAUAUACUGGAAUGUAUGUAGUUACUUUAACAGUAUGCUUAUUUUACAAGGGCUCUGAGAUGGUGUGUACAUAUAUGUCAUGGGAAUGCCACCUAUCAACCACUAAGUUAUUUCCUGUUUUUGCCCAGUUUGUGACAUCAAGACUGGCACUUGUGUUACGCUCUCACCACAUAUCUAUAAUGGAAUAAUAAGCAAAGUGCUUUUAAACUUAAAUCCAUUGCUUACAAAUGUGCCACUUGAUGUCUGGUAGGAUGUUUAAAUUAUUUUACAAAUGAAAAAUGCCAAAAUAAGGGAUUAUUUAUAUACAGAUAUAUAUAUAAAUAUAUAAAUAUACAUAUUAUUCAGUAGUGGGUAGAUUAAGAUUAUAUUUCAUUAGUUAGAGGCUUUUUGCACUAGAUGAAUGUUGUGUGACUUUCAUGUAGACCUUUUGCUAUAUAGUUUGCCAAAAAAGCAGAUUAUUUUUGCAGAACAGUGUUGCUUUUAAUGUCAUCUGUUUGUACUGUUCUUGUUUUCUGGGCUAUCUGCAGCUAGUCAAUCAACCAAUUUGUGAGUGUUUUUGUAUUUAUAUUGUAUUUGUCAAACUAGAAAUGGAAAGUACUAAAAUACUGUUGUUAUUCUGCUACUUUAAUACCGUUUUAUAGUAUGUGUACCAAUAAAUUAUC